CGACGUAUUUGCACCAGAAUUUGAAAUUUAGGUUCUUCUCUUCUACUUAAGCAAUCAAAUUACGCAGUUGAUCUGUUACUCUUAUUAUGGCAACAAAUACAAAGCCAGCCGUUCCAAGUAUACAAGAUCGUGAAGAUGGACAAGCUGUUGGUGGGAGACGGUCACAGGUCAGCGUUGAUUCUGUGCUUCCAACGUCUGCCGGACUCUCGCAGCCUGCUGGCCAGUUACUGAAAGGUGCAACUGAUGACGAGGGAAAAUUGAAGGCUGCAGCACUCAUGGUUGGCAUUAAACUAGACCUAGAAGCUGAGAUCCACCUAACUGCAAGGGUGAGAGGUGAUAUUACUAUUGGUCUGUAUUAGAAUCUGGCCG